AUGAAGGAGGGUGCGCAGCACUUCCAAGGCACCGAUGAAGCAGUCUUGAGGAAUAUCGACGCUUGCGUUGAGUUGGCUUCGCAGCUCAAAUCAGCUUAUGGGCCAAAUGGAAUGAACAAAAUGGUGAUCAACCACAUCGAAAAGCUUUUUGUGACCAACGAUGCAGCCACAAUUCUAAGAGAGCUUGACAUUCAACAUCCCGCAGCUAAGAUCAUCAUCAUGGCCAGUCAGAUGCAGGAGAAGCAGGUGCGAUGAUU